UUGGAACAGAGGGAUAAUUGGAAUGAUAUGUUUUCUUAUAUACUUUUGUGUUUUCUUGUGUAAUUUAUAUUUUAAGGCUGUUUUGUUGAUUAGUGAUUCAGAAAAAGGUGAAUUCACUGUGAAGACUUGGAACUUGAAGGCUUGGAGCUUCAAAAGAACUUGUGCUAAUUUGCCUCCGAAUCAUUGACGCUUUUAUUAAUUUUGACUCCCUCUGUCAUGGGAAAGAAGAAUAUCAAAAGGGAAAGUGGUGAUAGCCAAUACUCUACCUCCACUGUCUUUGUUUCCAAUUUGCCCUUCUCCUUUACUAACACUCAGCUUGAAGAAACUUUCAGUGAUGUUGGCCCUAUCAGAAGGUGUUUUUUGGUAACAAAGAAAGGGACUGCUGAGCACCGAGGCAUCGGCUUUGUUCAAUUUGCAAAUGUUGAGGAUGCAAAUAGUGCUAUUGAGCAAAAAAAUGAGUCAAGAGUUGGAGGGAGAAAAAUUGGAGUCAAACAUGCAAUGCAUCGGGUCCCUCUUGAACAACGUAAAUCAAAGGGAUCUCAAGUUGAUGCAAACAAGAAGGAUCCUCAAGAGAGAGACAGGAACGAGAGUUUGCCUGAUGAAGCAGUCAAGCCUGAACUCCCAAGAAGCAGGCUCCCAAACAUGUUCAAAUAAUCCCAGAAGAAAAAGAAAAGCUUCAGUACUUUGGAAGGGCAUGCUUGAUGAAAAGAGUGGUUUAGAAAAGCAGAGGGUUGCUAGGACAGUCAUAAUUGGAGGUAUUCUUUCUGCCGAUAUGGCAGAAGAAGUUCACAGUCUCGCCAAAGGUUGUGGUACAGUGUGCUCUGUUACCUAUCCUCUUCCAAAAGAAGAACUUGAAUAUAAUGGGCAUCCAGCCGCUAGAGCCAAUUCUCUCCGCUCUCGGAAUUUCCGAGGUGCGGCCUCCAGGAGUCCUAGGCUCUGGUUUUGUGUCCUCUGGCUCGCGCGAAGGAGAAUAUUGAAGGCCGCAGGGUCUGCAGCCGGUGCGGCGAAGCUUUACCAAGAAGGAAACAGGGUUCAUGAGGUUCGUUGGGGAGUUUCUUUGGAAGCUCGUCGCAGGGGGGGGUGUAUUCGAUGGAAGACAUGGUCCACCAAUACAAACAAAUGGCUAAUGGGGAUGACAAGGAGGAUGUUGUUUUUGACGAGGAAGAAGACGAUGUGGAAUCGAACAAGAGUACGACUGAGUUUCCAAUGGUAGGUUUAAUUCUGACUGAUCGCAAGAUUAAAUUUUAGUUCUUCAAAGAAUUGAUGGCCUCGCUGUGGAGACCUGUUAAAGGUGUUUCAAUCCCGGAAAUUGGCAAAAAAAGGUAUAUUUUUACUUUUUAUCGCAUAUUAGAUAUGAGACGUGUCCUGGAUGAAGGUCCUUGGUUGU